CUGCCAUUAUCCCACCAAUCAUUAAGAGUUUGUUAGCUAUAGAUCUGGCCAUUACUGUUACUUUGCCUUGUAUCAGAGGAUUUGGGUGUUCAAUUGUGCACACAGUUUAGAUUUAUCUAAAGUUUAAACCUUUAUUGGCAUAGUUUUUUAAGAUGAGGAACCUCCCCAGGCUCAUUAUGCUUGAUUCUCUUCUAGUUGUAGCACUGAUAUGGUUCACUGCUAGUUUUCAGCUGGUUGAAAGUGACAGCCAAGAUGGAUGGAACUAUGCUCAUGCAACUUUCUAUGGAGGUUCAGAUGCUUCAGGCACAAUGGCUGGUGCCUGUGGAUAUGGGAAUUUGUAUGCACAAGGAUAUGGUCUGACAACAGCUGCAUUGAGUACUGCUCUGUUCAACAAUGGAGAGGCUUGUGGAGCAUGUUUUGAGCUGAGGUGUGUGGAUGACCCACAAUGGUGUCUUCCAGGGAGCCCUUCUGUGGUUGUCACAGCCACCAACUUCUGUCCUCCAAAUUAUGCCCUGCCUAGUGACAAUGGUGGAUGGUGUAAUCCACCCAGACCACAUUUUGACAUGGCCCAACCUGCUUUUGAAAUGAUUGGCAUUUGGAAGGCAGGGAUUGUGCCUGUCAAAUACAGAAGAGUCCCUUGUGUGAAGGAGGGAGGGAUCAGGUUUACUGUUAAUGGGAACUAUUACUUUUAUCUGAUCCUGAUAACAAAUGUGGGUGGAAAUGGAGAUGUGGUGAGUGUGAAGGUGAAAGGGUCUAAUACAGAUUGGUUUCCUUUAACAAGGAAUUGGGGACAAAACUGGCAAUGCACAACCAAUCUGAAGGGGCACUCUCUGUCUUUUCAAGUUACAACCAGCAAUGGGCAGAGAAUUACUUCAUAUAAUGUUGCUCCUUCUAAUUGGGACUUUGGCCAGACCUUUGAAGGAAAUCAGUUCUAAAGCUCAUGGCAUCCUCUUAAACAGGCUGAAGAAAACACCAUAUAUAUUAUAGAUAUGUGUAUGAAGUGACUGCAGCAGAGGUGUGUUUAAUGCAACCACCCGCUCACAGAGCUUUGCUGCAUAUAAAUAUACAACAGUUGAUGUCCUGAUAACUGUUUUAACAUUAUAUCUAUCGAGUUCGAGAUAAACCUUAUAUGUUCUUUUUCAA